CACAACAAUAGCGUCUACUUCGACCGUCUCUGCGCCGCGAACAUCGCCUCCACUGUGAACGUGGUGUCACAGUUUGCUUCUGCUGGGGCUAUGGCUGGAACGUCGUGUCCAAAUGCAAACAGUCCCGUGUCAGCUCCGGCGAGCACAUUUGGCACUGGUGCUGACGACGAGUUUGUGGAUGGCUUCACGGAUGCCUAUGAUGCUGGUGGAAUCCGACGCCUGAGUGCGCAACGCAAAUUGCUUGGUGCUGCCGGAGGGGGUCAACCCACAUUAGGAACUGGCGAAACAGGUAAUGCACUUGCAUGCUUGCUCGAUGCAGAGGGAGUUCUUUUUAGCAUCAUGCAGAUUGGUGUCGAGCUGGACUACGCUUUCAGGCUCAACUGCAAAACCGGUGAAUAUGCAAAUGGUCCCGUCACGAAGGCGCAAGUGAAGGCCAACAAACUGACCAAGGUGAGCCCUGCUCUAUGUUCAGCUAACGUUGGCGGUGUCAUCCAAGGGUUCAUCAACAUCAUCACGGUGGGCCAAAUCAUGGUGAUGCACUGCGACAACAUCAUGACCGCCUCAAGGAUGUGUGGCCAAGGUAUUUCUAUGUUUUUCAGCGCAGCAGCAAAUUUGGUCAGAGGAACUGGUCAAUUGUACGACUUCUGUGUCUUGAAAGCCUUCAACUCGGCGCAGGUUGAUCAGCGUUGGCAGUGGAAGAAAGGCCUCGUGACCCGCCGGCUGCAGGAAGACGAGCUGCGGCGAGCAGAUCCCGUUGAGUUCUUUGAAGGACUUUACAAGAACGUGAGUGGCUACAAAAUGGAUUUGAAGAAGGGAAUCAGAGGUGACAAGGAGUGGAGAAAGCUCUUGCAAUUGGCGGACGCUGGCAUCGAAGAGGCACAGCGUAUCAAAGCAGAGAAGGAGCCGCCAGCAGCAACUGGUUGCCGCGCCACAUGAUGGCUGCAAUCAGGCAGACGCUCUUGCCCAGACUUCCAAGUCUCAAAGAAGACGUGGGAGAGCAGGUCGACAAGGAAAUCAUUUUUGGAGGAAGAACAGCAAAGACGACAGUUCCAUGUGCAGCAAGAAAUGCAGUGGUGCAUGUAGCAAUAUUUGGAACCCACAAGCACAACCUUC